UAAAAAAGCAUACAGAAAAGUAAAAAAUAUGUUUUAAAACGUUUAACAGAUUAAUAUUUGAGACAAAAUAGACUACAGUAUAUGUAGCCAUCACAAAGAAUGUUUUUUCCAUGAUAUUUAACGCAUACACCCGAGUUACUUUUUAGGGCGAUAUGUGUUGGCACAGCAAUAGCUGCCUGUUUAUUUACAGUUCCUCUCAAACGCUGAAUGUUAAGUGUACGGGUAAAUAAACACAGUGCACCGUUUCAGUAGGACAAAAAUAAUCCGCAAGUCUUACAUCACCGUUAGUAUUUUUGGAGCCUUGCAUUCUCCCGGUGAAGGGAGUGCCAUCAGAUCAGUUUGCGGUAGAAUUAUUACAGUUCCAGAGUUAUUUGUAGUAUGUUUUCGACCAUCGGUGUAUUUUGUUAUUUUAAUUAAGAAAUAUAUUAGUUUAACAUGUAUUAAAAGUGGACACAAGUUGUAUCUGUUAAAUAUCAAAGUUUUCCACCGAAAUGACCGAUUGACCUUGGUCACAUGGAAGGAACAAAUGCUUGCAGUGCAAAAAAAGGCUGCAGGAGUUACGCAUCGGAAAGCUACGGGGGACCGGAGAAAUGACUGGUUUUGGGUGACUGCUGGAAUUCAGAAUUAAGGACGGAUAAAUUAAUAAUAAUUUAAAACAAGCCGACAGAAAAACUAGGCAUAUACUUACUUAAUGUUUCCCAGUGGGUGGUUGAGAAAUGUGGAAUGCAUUUGGAAAUGGGUCUGAUGUGCACGGACGAGGCGGUGGUUACGUGAGCAGGGCUAAGGGCUGGGAGUUUGUGUCAAGGUCCCGUUUAGAGAAAGAAAGAGGCAGGGGGCAAUGCUACAGCCCACGCAGAAGUAUGGCAUCUCCAGUUUAUGCGGCUCCGUUCUUCGAGGAGCUUAAACCUGGAAUAGGAGCGACACCGUCAGAGGCAGCAAUCCGAGCACAACAGGACAAGUACGAGCUCCAGUGGCAGCAUUCGUAUGUGGAGACAAAGUGUGAAGAGUUGCAGAAACGGCAUGGGCAGGAGAAAGAUGAAUGGAUUAGGGAGAAAGAAGCACUUUUAAGACAACUUGCUGAAAUACAAGGGGGAGAAAAUAGAAGGAUUUUGUUGGAUUUCAAGUCCGUUUUGGAAGAGGUUCAGUCGGAGCUUAAAGAAGAGGAAACGAGAAGGAGCGACUUACAGCAGCUGUACACAAGGGAUCGUUGUGAAUGGGAGCUGGAGAGAGCAGAACUGAAAUGUCGUAUCGCACUGCUGGAAGCAAAAGCAAGUAAAUACCACUGUGAGAAAACCAUCCCUGAUCUGAAGGAAACGCUGAAGAGGGAACGUGAAGAACAGAAGAGGCUGCUGGCGGACACACAUACUGCAGCGAUGGACUUGAGGAAGCAGCUGGAGAGCAGUGAGCGAGGCUGGGGGAGGGAGAAGGGAGAGCUGCUGCAGAGAUUUGACAUGGAAAGAAAAGAAUGGGAAAGUCAGCUGAAAGACAUGCAGAGGAAGAUAGAAGAGCUUUACCAUGAAGUGAAGGCAAGACGGGAGAGCAAUUUGAAUGUUCAGGAGCACGGGAUCUGUGAUGAAGUAUUGAGGCUUAAUUUACAUUCCCCCACUUCAGAAUCCAGCUGUCUAAGUGGCACGAAGCUUCCCUGCAUCUCAGAGACCGAUGCGCCGGAGAGGGAUGGGAUUCUAUGUAAACAAGAAGGGAUAAACAUUUCAACACUUAGUGGACAUGAUCCAGCUUUUGUGGAUCAUUUUAACAACAAGCGCUUCCAAGAAACUACAGGCUUCCAUAAUAAUAAUAAUACAACAUGCGGGCAUGACAAAAAGAAGUAUACUAGUUCUCUUAAUGCAGCAUUGAAGGAAAUUGCAAAAGUGAGUGAAGAGCUGUGCAGCUACCAGGAUGAAAUCCGACAGAAAUCUAAUCUCUCUAACCAGAGCAACAGAACUCAUUCUGUAUCUGUUUUGGAGGAAUACGAGGAUGCGCAAAAUGAAAAGAACAAAGCUGGGCCAAGACGUGAACGAAACAAUGAAAUACCAGCGUUCAACCCAGAGUGGUCAGGUGGCCUCAGAGUGACAGAGGACGAGAACAACAGAUUUAACUGGGCGUGCAUGAACAUGGACACGAGAGACGGGUUUGUGAAUCGUGCAGAUAGAAAAGCUAAGCUUCCUCCGAUGAAGAAGGAGGCGCCACCAGUUCCCCCAAGGACUACGUCAUGGUAUCUGAUGAACCCAGUUACUCCACAAACUGUGGACCAUCAUGUGGCAGAAGCCAGCAAACCAUGGGAGCAGGAUUCCUUUUCUGAUAAUAAAUGCAGUAGUCCUUUGCUUUUGAAAAAGUUUGGGUCUCUGUUGCAGGAAAACGAAGGGAAAACAUUCAUAGAUUCUGGGAUCUUUACCAAUGUAGUGCCUGCUGUUUCCAAGUGCAAUAUUGGCUGCUGUCACAGUAGGUGGUCAUGUGACAUUAGUACAUUUGGCAGCAAAUUACCGAACUACCAGCCCGCCCUGAAAAGAUUUUCAGACGUCAGUAUACUGUCAUUUGAGAAGGAUGACAGCUCAGACUACAAGUCACCUGAGAAGCCCACGUUUCCAAAUGGUCCAUUUCAAAGCACAGACAGUAAAAGAGAAUCUAACUCUUCCUGUAGCUCAGCUGAAGUAGGCGGUCCUACCUUAGGCACACACUCAUUGUACUCUGAAUCCAGCAGACCUAAGAAGAAUGAGACCUUGGCAAUGAAAACUGCUGAAUUCAACAGGACUUUGUUUCAGACAGACCUGGGUGGUGAAGUUGAUGAGGACAGUCAGAUUCUAGCAAAACUCUGUGCAAAUGCUAAACCUAGUGAUUCAAAUCCUAGCUGCAUGCUUUACUAUUCAGAGAAGGACAAUGAAAAAGAAUACUUUAAUCCACAAAGAAAAGGUUCAGCUUUCUCAGAGUACAUACCUACCAGACACAGAAAUUGUACAGCACUGAAUGCCCAGGGAGUAUUAAACAGAGGUUUGGUUUGGGUUGGCAGCGGUAAUGGUAAUGACAAGCGUGUUUCAAAUGAACACCCCUUGAGACCAAGUCAUUUAGCUUCUUAUCCACGACCAACAGAUUCAAGGUCCAAUUACAGAGUUGUUGAAAAGAUUUUGAGGGGCUAUGAAAAUUCAAGUUCUUCUCGCCUGAAUUCUACAUGUGGCAUGCAUCAGCAGCAGAACCCAAGGUCUGGAUUUGCAGAGAGCAACUCGGACAACCUCACUGAGCUCCUAGACAUGCUCCAAAUAGAACAUGAAGCUAGUCAGAGACUGUCUCCAGCUCCCUCCAGGCAGCCCAACAUGCACAGUGAUGUACUGCUGGAAAUACAAGAGAAUCACCCAGGAGCCUCAGCUUCUUUAGCUAGGAAGAGUUUCUCACGACCUGCUCGGCCAGCAAACCACCGACUCCCGUCACGCUGGGCCAGGAGACUCACUCCGGCCCCUCCAGCAGUAAGCAGAGCUCCACAGAGUCGGAUGCAUUCCUAUUCCUACCACUCAGAGACAAUACUUUGAGACUAUGGAUGGACUCUAAUAAGCAGAAUAAAACCAAAUACUGCAAGAAAUAUGCCUAGUUGCCCUUUUAAAAUAGUUUUUACCUUAUGUAUAUGCUUGACUUUUAUUUAUAUUGAGCUUUUAAGUGCUUUACUUGUGUACGUGCACACAAAAUAUUUUUAGUAUGCUUUAGUAAAAAGAGAUAUUUAUACCCUAAGCAUAGAAAGUCUCCAGUGUUUCAAUGGCCUUCUGUACUUCUGUAAUGACUUUAAUCAUGACAAACAUUGCAUUGUUUUUACUUAGCAUUUGUUUACUUAUUUUAAUAUUUGAAAAUAACAUUUAACAGUUCUGUAAAUUCAAAACAUUGUUUCAUGGUGACAUGCAUGCUUAUGUGUUUGUUGUUGCAUGUGUAUGUGUGUGUAGUUAUGAGAAUAUCAAAUAUAUGUAGGUCAUCGUUGACAAACUAUAGACCAAUAUUGUAAUUUUAAUUGAUUUAUAAUCUCCAUGUUGAAUAUCUUGGGUGGUUAAUCAUUAUAAUGACAAAGCCAACUUUAAAUGUUUGACUUAUUGUCAGUGAAACAUGUAAUGAGUGACCUGUUUUUAUUGUCUGUGAUUUUUUUUUCUGAUAAUAAAAAUAAAAAUUACAGUA